GGGAGAAUAAAGGUUGAAUAACGAAACAUCCUCCUUCACCCUCUUCUUCAUCGUCUGUCUUCAUCCCGGAGCUUCGGCUUUCUCCACUCUUGACGGACCAAAACAUGGACUAAUACAGAGUACUACCCAACACAUAGUGCACACAAACCAGAUCACAUCACUCACUCACUCACUCACUCACCACUCAUCUCACUCCCGACCAUUCCGUCCGGGUCCCCGUCUCUCGUCCCCUCCGUCAUCAAAUGAUCUGCGUCUAGCGUCCAAUUCCCUCCCACUGCGCUGACUACAACGCGCGACCAGGGAGGGGAGGAAAAACAAGUCUCGUCCUCUCCGCCUUUCCGAGCGUUCCAUACACACACCGAAAACAAACCCAUGUUGUAAUAGCCACACUUUUCGUCCGUCUCUUUCCUCACCAACCUUUUUUAAUUUACACUUUUCUUCUCCCUCCUCGCUCUCAUCGUCCUCCUCUUUCCUCCUCUCUCCAACCACCACACCACCUCCCGACAAAAAUUGACGUCGGCCUCCAACCUCUCCAGCAAUGUCCUAGUCCAACUCGUCGUCCUGUCUUCUGCCCAUCUCUGUUCGAGAGCACCUCAAUUGACCGACACCGGACGACCUCCCUUCUCGCGAUCCGGCGCCUCCGGCCCCCCCUCCACCCUCCCCGGCCGACCGACAGACCGACCGUUCCGUCACGAAACCCCCGACUCCCCCGACCGAACAUCAACUGCCAUCCGAACAUCAAGUCCCAUCCGAAACGCCCACCUCAUCUCGAGAAUACCCUCCCACCCAAAAGAUAACCGCCGCCAUGCCCCUCCACGGCCGCGCCCUCCUCGGCUUCCCCCCCGGCGCAAACGCCUCCGACACCGUCCUCGGCGGCGUCCACUUCAACCGCACCGCCCUCGACUUCUUCAACUACACCCUCUACACCAACGGCACCGUCUCCAACGGCUCUAACUGCUACGUCACCGAGCCGCCGUACACCCCCGUCUACCUCUUCCCCAACGGCACCUUCGUCAACUCCACCUGGUGUUACGACCCCAUCAACCCCAUCGGCACCCGCGCCGGCGUCGGCGUAGGCUUCGGCGUCGUCUAUGCCAUGGCCCUCAUGCUCGUCCUCGCCAACCUCAAGAAGCACGGCGAGUCCCACCUGCCCGCCACCCGCCGCUUCUACCCCGUCGGCCGCCGCUGGCAGUGGUACUACGCCAUCCUCGUCUGCGUCGCCGCCUUUAUCAGCCUCUUCACAAACAUCGACGUUGACCGCUUCUACGUCAUCGGCCUGCCCAUCGUCAUCAACAGCUUCUUCUGGUUCCUGCUGCAGCAGUUCACCAUGGCCCUCGUCUGGGAGGCCGUCCGCCACUGGGGCAGCUGGAGCGAGCGCCAGGCCAUCGACCCGGACCCCUUUUCCCUGCGCGAUGGCGACCGCCGGAGCAAGGUCGAGUUCUGGAUGCCCUUGUGGUUCUAUUUCUGGUUAUGGCUGAACGUCUUCCUCAUCGUCCCCCGCAACUGGGGCGAGAUCGAGAAACAGCGCUCCCCCGACCAGACCGCCGCCCGCGCCGCCCCCAACGCCACCGACGGCCGCUUCAAGGCCGCCACCUUCUGCCUCGUCAUUUGCUGGCUCACCAUCUGCUUCUCCCUCCGCCACUCCAUCAACCAUUACUACCCGCGCGACCGCGGCCUCGUCAACAAGGCACGCGGCUGCCUCCGCUACACCCCCUGGCGCUUCCUCCUCAUCCUGCCCCUGGCCGCCUGCCUCGUCGCCUACCAGGGGCUCGUCUCCUGGAAUUUCACCUACUCCGUCCUCAACGCUAAGGCGAACCUCGCCGCCGUUUACGUCGGCGGCUACGGGCCCGCCCUGCUGAUCCUCUACAUCCAGAUCGCCUACGGCUUCCUCUCCCCCAACGAGGACCGCGAGCUCAUCCGCCAGCGCCGCGAGCGCGGCACCCAGAUCGAUCGCGAGAUGGGCUACGUGCCCAAGCCCGCCUGGUGGCGCCGCGUCAAGAACGACGACCAUCUCGUCGGUCGCAUGUCCAUGCGCGAGCGCAUCGCCAUGAACGUUCGCGAGCUUGGCGGCGGCGCCGCCACGGCCCGCGGCGUCCAGCGGAACAUGGAGGCCAGGGCCGAAGAGCGCGAGCGCGCCGACCGCGAGAUCGAAAUGGCCAGCAUGGGCCGUGGCGGAGCCGGCGGAGGCAGUGCCGCGGCCGGCUCGAUGACGACGACGACGACGACCACCACCACAACGUCCGCCCCUUUGAGGCCGGACUUUGACGCCGCAAACGGGGCGACAUUCAUCCCGUAUACCGGCAAGUCCGAACGCCGCCGGAACGAGCGUGCCUUGAACGCUGCCGCCGAGCUGCUCUUCCCUGUCGCCGGUGGCGCGAGUCGGCCGGAUCGCGCCUCCGAGCUCAUGCAGGACGGUCCGCCGCCCUCUUACUCAGACGUCCCCGGGGCUGGACGCGGCAGACGUCCCGACAGCCUCACGACGCCGUCCGACCCCAGUCAACGUAGCAACAGCAGCAGCACGGCCGUCUCGGUGACCGGCCACCAGCCCCAGCAAAUCAAGAGCAUGCUGGAUAUCUGAUUUUGUAUAAACUGCCAUCCCCUUAACGCGGGUACCAAUCUGUGUAAAGCUUAUGAGCCAUGACCACCCGGAACUGCGUGUACUUGUUCACCCAUUCAAGGCGUUUAGGAGCUUUGCGUAUCUUGUAUUUAUAUAUCUAAUAAGACCCAAAUGAGCAAGGCGACUUGUUUAUGCUGGAAUAAUGAUAAAAUGGAAGUGGCCCU